UUUUGAUUCCUUGACAAAUUGAAAUGAAAUGGUGAGCAAAAAUAAAUAAUGUGCAAAAAAACUCAAGUCGCGAUUUUUUCUGAGAGGUGGUGAUCUACAUUUGGGAUAGAAGUUUCCACAACGGCAGCAGUGGGCACAGGGCAAGAUGCAGUCCAGUCCGUCUGCAGAUCGUCACCCGGUCCGGCAGCAUUCCGCCGGUGGUGACGGGCCGUCUAGCGCCGGGGACGGCGCGCCGGCGCCGCGGCUGUCUGGAGAGGCGGCGCUGCGGCUGGCGGCCGUGGUGGCCGUGCUGGCCGCCGCGCUGCUGACCGCCUGCGGGUGCGCCGACCACUCGGCCUGGCUGCAGCGCGAGCUGCGCGCCGCCGCCGCCCGCUCGCUGCUCUUCUGGCGGCCGGCGCCGGCCGGCCACUGGCAGCCGCUCGGCCACCACCGCCCGCCUCUCGCAGAGCUCAUCGACCAGCUGGAGCGCUUUCCCAGCCCGGAGGAGUUCUUCAGCCGCUACGUGCGGCCACAGCGACCGGUCGUCUUUCGCGGCCUGGCCGGGGUCCAUCCGGCCUAUUGGCUGUGGACCGACGACUACCUCAGGCGUGAAUUCGGCAGCGUUGAGCUGGACGUAGAGCAGAAGAAGAAGGAGGACAGAAGUAUCGGCCUCACACGGAUGAACGUCUCUGAGUUCCUAUCUGUCUACAAGGAGAAGGAUCUCUACGUGGUGCACAGCAUUCAGGAGGAAAUGAGACGUGACCUGGCGCUGCUGCCCAGUGCGCAGUGCGGCGGCCUGCAGCGUCUGAUGAUGGACGCCGUGCUGUGGUUCAGCAGCGGGGGAACCAAGUCCGUACUGCACUACGACGAGCUCGACAACAUUAACUGUGUCCUUGACGGAUAUAAACACUUCUUCCUGGUUGAUGUUGAUGACGCUCACCAUAUCGAGUUUGACCACAUGGAAGGCCUGUACUCGUCUGUGGACGUCACCAGCGUGGACAUGUACCGGUUCCCAGGCCUGAGGGACGUGCCGUGGUACAACGUGACCCUCUGGAAGGGCGACUGUUUCUACCUGCCGUUCAGGUGGCCGCACCACGUCAUAUCGUCCAACUCUAGGAACGUGGCUGUGAACUUGUGGUUCUCCCGACUUCUGUGGUUCAACGAGUCUGAAUGUUCCGACUUUCGGGUCAGCGAGCACGCCAGUCUGAGCGACUUUGAUCCGGCAGAGGACGCAGACCUACAACGGGCACACCUGGUGGCGCGGGCCGAGGACUCUGAACAGCUCACUCUGUUGGCUUUCGCCGACCUGUACUCCGACGCGCUGCCCGACGACGAUGAGGCAGCUGAGGCGGCGUUUGAUCAGCUGGACGCUGACGGAGACGGCCUUUUGCAGCUCCCCGAGAUGUACAAGUUUGAGGCGGUCAAGUUUCUGCGGCUCUUCCCGAGGUACGAGCGGCGUGAUUGACCGAGACACGUGACUGGUGCUUCUGGUCCGUGUGCUCUGGGACCGCGGUCUAGGGACCUGUUCCUGUCACGUGACCACGGACUGACUGAUACUGGGCUGGGUGUGCAGGAUUCGGAGCUCUAGGCUCCUGUUCUACGUGUCACGUGACUGACCUUGGCCGCACCGAGUGUCCUGGGACCGCGGUCUUGUGUGCAAUGUGUUCAAACGUGGACAUAAUUGCCACGGCAAGCUGUGAUCUUUGAAUGAAACCGACUCCGUCCAUAUCUGUCGGUAGUGUCUGUAUUUUUGAAAACUUUUUGCGAAGAUAAUGCUUUGUAUUCAUGGCAUAAUUACAUACCGUUGUGUGGACCGGCAUGGUUUAUGUGCGCAUAUAUUGUAAGAUUACAGCUUAUUAUCCAGUGGUCGUCUUACCACCGAUCAUGGGUAUGUUCACUGCAGCCGUGUUGUGGGUACUUUGGCAUUUGUAACGGUUGUGAUUACACGCUUCCGUGCUAGUCGAGGAAGUUUUCCGUCCAUUUAUUAUAGAUGCGAUGUUCAUUGUUCACUAUGGUGCAGGUAAAAGUACUCACCCGCUCGUAUAAGGUUCACUGGAUUUGUGCUGACCUUCCGGCUUCUGUAAGGCUACGCUGAAGUGUAAGUGGAGUGCGCUUUCAGCGGGAAUGCUGGUUACCGUAAGAAUUUGUGUUAAAUCAAUCCAGCAAUGAGCUUUUUCGAGUUAAUCGCUAUUGGUAAGUGCAGCGUCGCGCUCAGACUAAUUUAUUGUGUAACAUUAACCGCGUAGGCUGCAUCGUCGAAGCUUUCUUGUUUUCGCCCUUGUAUCACUCCCGUUGAAAACUUGCUCGAUGUGGUUAAUCGAAGGUAAAUACGAGUGGCCGUCAGCCCUGCCUCGGCUGUCGUGUGUGAUUGCUGUACAACAAACCACUCGUGUGUGUCCUGUGCAAAUAACACUCUUUGAUCGGCGGUGACAGGGGGCGGGCACCCAGUGGGGGGGGGGGGGGUACUCAAACCUUUUGAUCUGAACGGCAGCUCGGUGCCUGUGAAGGACUGUACCGUGGUCACUCAGACUGACCCGGUAUCUGUGACCGCUGUGCACCACCUUGUCGACAUAGGUUGGAGCUCGGGCGCUCAAUACAUCGUCCGUAUCGCAUAUGUGUGUGCUGGUGGCCAAUUUUCGGUUGGUAAAUACAUUACCAAACGUACUAAU